AUGCCAAAUAUCAAAUAGUACAAAUCAGAUUCAUAAAUUCCUUAAUUAAGCACUUUUACCAUUCUCUGUAAAAUAAGUCCAAUUAAUCCUCCAGAUACUCCUAGAGAAAUUUAAACUUUAAAAUUACAAUCAGAUCAAUAAGAUCGUAAAUAAGUUUAGGCUAAUUCAAAAUCAACUUUAAGAUAAGAUGAUUCUAUAAUAAGAAAGAAUGAUAAUAAUUAUUCAAUGAAAUUAAAAAGAAGGAAACCGAUUUUAGUUAUUAGGCAUUCUAAAAGUUUAUAAUGUAUUAAGAAAGAAAAAUCAGUUAGAUUUCUUUUGGAUAAAGAUUAAAGUAGUUUUUAAUUUUAUAUUCUCCAUAAUAAUUAUAUUCAAAAAGGGAAAAAAAACUUGGUAGAAAAUUGUUCUUUAAAACAGAUUGAUGAAGAUGUAUCUCCAAGCAAUAAUGGAGCGAAGAAGUUAUUUGAAAAAAUUCAUAAAAAGUAUGAAUCUAAAGUACAUUUCUGA